CAAAUUCGACGUGCACCAAUAGGAUUGCGCCAAAUGUAAUGUGACGUAAGCUGUCAAAAAUCUGGAAAUUUGAAGGCGGUCAGAAUACCGAACUGAAAAGUCUGGUGGAAAAUUGGAUUUAGGAUCAUUUUUACUGUGAAAAAGGGGAGAACGAAAAUUUAUUGAAAAUGAAUAUUUUGGACGUUAUUCUCUCAUCAUUGCUAGUAUGCGUGGUUUCCGUAAGCAGUCUGAAACAAGGAGAAUGUGAAGUUUGUGUGAAAACCUUGACCAAGUUCUCAAAUACCUUAUCAGACGAACAAAAGAAAGACCCAAAAAAGAUUGAAGAUGAAUUCAGGAAAUUUUGUAAGAAUCUGAAGAAUAAAGAGAAUCGAUUUUGUUAUUACCUCGGGGGCUUAGAAGAAAGUGCGACUGGAAUCUUAGGUGAAAUGUCCAAACCUUUAUCCUGGUCUAUGCCAGCUGACAAGGUAUGCGAGAAACUCAAAAAGAAGGACGUUCAAAUCUGUGAACUCCGUUACGAUCCCGAGAUCGAUCUCAGAACCGUAGACUUGAAAAAGCUCAAGGUGAGGGACCUCAAGAAAAUAAUCAACGAUUGGGGUGAAAACUGCGAUGGAUGCGUAGAAAAAUCAGAAUUCAUCAAGAGGAUCGAAGAGCUCAAACCGCAACAUACCGAAUUGUAAAACAACGAACCUCCGUAAUACCGGGCCAGUUUUAAAUGGUUUAGAAGUGAUUUACAACCUCGUGACGAAAACUAGAAACGCAACAAAUUUGCAAAGUCACCUCGAGAACAGAAGUUACAUUGAUUUCCAAGACACUUUUCGUUCCGACGGAUCUGUUCCUGUUCUUAAAACGAUCCAAAGAUUUUUUAUAAUCGUCAGUUUCUUCAGUAUGUCUAGAAAUAUUUUCGUAACCCUUUAAUGUACUGGUAACUCAGUUCAUAACUUAUUUAUUGUGAUUAAAGUAAUUGAUUUCUA